GAGAAGGAGAGAAGUAGCUUCUCGCUUUUACUUUAUUGGCCGUGCGGGCUUCCGUAGAGACGCUUCAAACAUGGCUCCCUUCAUGCUGGUAACGUGAGAGUCAAAGUUGUGACAGAGCCGACAGCAGCGAGGAAACAAAACACUGCACGACCACCUUUAUCGCUUCAACUAUAAACCCCCCCCCGCCAAAAAAGAAAAGCAGAGCCGUCUGUAGGAGGUGUCACAGACGAACUACCUUUAUGCUAGUGCGGACAGUCCGGCUGUUCCCCCUCAUCAUCUCCCAUCAUCUACAUCAUCGCUGCACUCCUUCUGCCAGACAUUUAUUUCGGAGGAGUACAGGCUGUGCUGCUGCUGCUGCUGCUGCUUGUGCCAGCAGGGGACUGAGAUCCAUGGAGCCCCUGAAAGCUGCUCAGCAGGACCUGGAGGUUCCCGCCACUAACACUUCAUCCACACCCACCAAAUCUACAGCGAUGGGUCCAAACCCGACCCCCACUGACACGCCGGCUGCACAGGAGAACUCGUCUCCUGCGGGACUGUUACCAGGGGAGACGGUGGUCAAUGAGGGCAAGGCGGCCAUCCUGUUUCCAAGUGCCAAUGAGGUGUUUUAUAACCCGGUCCAGGAGUUUAACAGAGAUUUAACAUGUGCUGUGAUCACAGAGUUUGCCAGAGAUCUGCUGGCUCAGCGGGGGGUGAAAGUGGUGGUGCCGGGAGAGAAAGAGCGAGUGGUGGUCUCUCUGUCGGAGGAGACGAACGAAGCGGACACACAGAUGGAGGAGAAAAACGGAGCAGAGGAGCCAGCUGUAACCGCAACAGUGGGGGAGAAAUGUGAGCGAGGCCUUCGUGUGCUGGAGGGUCUGGCGGCUUCCGGUCUGCGAUCGGUGCGUUUCGCUCUGGAGGUCCCGGGUCUGCAGAGCGUCACCGCCAACGACUUCUCCACCAAAGCGGCGGCUCUGAUCGCCAGGAACGCCCAGUAUAACAAAGUCAGCCACCUACUCCAGGCCAGCUGCAGAGACGCCAGCAUGCUGAUGUAUGAAAUGCGAGGGAAGAAGGAGCGCUACGAUGUCAUCGAUCUGGAUCCCUACGGUAGCCCUGCCUCCUUUUUGGAUGCCGCCGUGCAGGCCGUCAGCGAGGGAGGUCUGUUGUGCAUAACAUGCACAGACAUGGCAGUGAUGGCAGGAAACAGUGGAGAGACCUGCUACAGCAAAUAUGGUUCAGUCUCCAUCAAAGCCAAAUACUGUCAUGAGAUGGCUCUUCGUAUCAUCCUCCACAGUUUAGACCAGAGGGCGGGGGUGUACCAGCGAUACAUCCAGCCCCUGCUGUCCGUCAGCGUCGACUUCUACAUUCGAGUCUUUGUACGCGUCUUCACAGGACAGGCCAAGGUCAAAAACUCAGCCAGUAAACAGGCUCUGAUCUACAACUGUGUCGGUUGCGGGUCGUUCCACCUCCAAAGAAUGGGCAGAAGAACAAGCAAUGGAAAACAUAUGAAGUAUUCUGCAGCUACUGGACCCCCAGUCGGACCAGAAUGCGAGCACUGUGGACAGAGACAUCAGCUGGGUGGUCCGAUCUGGGCAGAGCCCAUCCAUGACUUUUCAUUCGUCCAGAAGGUUUUGUCUGCAGUGUCGGGAAACCCGUCUCGGUUCGGGACGUCCAAACGCAUCGAGGGCAUGCUCAGCAUGGUGACCGAGGAGUUGGAGGAUGUGCCUCUUUAUUACACCGUGGACAGUCUGAGCAGCACGAUACACUGUAAUACUCCCCCGCUGCUGCAGUUUAGGUCUGCUCUUCUCCAUGCUGGUCACAGAGUUUCCCUCUCGCACGCCUGUAAGAACGCCAUCAAGACAGAUGCUCCUCCCGCAGCCAUCUGGGACAUCAUGCGCUGCUGGGAGAAGGCCAACCCUGUGAAGAGAGAGAAGCUGUCAGAAACGAGCCCCGCCUUCAAGAUCCUGUCCACAGAGCCCAGCCAAGAGGCCUGUUUCACUGUAAGGGAGGACGCAAACCCUCAGUCCCGUAAACGCCACCUGACCCGCUUCCAGGAGAACCCGCAGGCCUUCUGGGGACCCAAAGCUCGCGCCAAGUCUGGAGGUGGUAUCUCCGGCGACCUGCAGGACAAGAGGAAGAAGUGCCAGAACAAGAGGAAGAACCAGAUCACAGACUCUUCACAGCUAAAAAACUACCCCUGCAAGAAAUUCAAACAGGGCACAUGCACCCACGGAGACAAAUGCUGCUACUCACAUGACCUGAAUCAGACAAGUGAAGAGAAAAUGGAAUGAUAAUUUUGCUCUUUUUUAAAAAAAAAUAAUUUUAUUUCUAGAGUUUGAAUGCAGGCCUUGUUUAGCCUGGACCAAGUGAGAAUGAUGCACCGCAAUCAGUUUGUAAUUGGUUGAGGACAACAACCUAAAAAGUGUUAAUAUACAGAACAUAUCUACUAUUCAGCUUUUUUUUGUUUUAGCUUCUUUUUUUUUAUUUGACUGACAGUCCAAUAAAGUCCUGCAUCUGACUUUAAA